CCCUGCCUCACACCCCAGGCGCGCGGCGGCAGAGCCGCGGGGAGCGCGCGCCAGGUACGGGCGCGGCAACGGCCGCCCGCCAACGGCCGCGCACCAACGGUCGCGGCUGUGAGGAGAACCCCGCCGCUACCGCCGCUGCCUCCUCUGCCUCCUCUCUGCCUCUGUCAGCCGUGUGAGGGGCGCGGCGCGGCGCCCAUGCUGCUGCCGUCCUGACCGUCGGCGGUGCCUUCGGCCGCCGGCCGCCUGAGCCAUGGUGAUCAUGUCGGAGUACGCCGCCCUGCCCGCCGCCAAGCCAGCCCAGCAGCGGCCGCUGCGAGUCGGCUUCUACGACAUCGAGAGGACGCUGGGGAAAGGCAACUUCGCCGUGGUGAAGCUGGCCCGGCACAGGGUGACCAAGACGCAGGUUGCAAUAAAAAUAAUAGACAAAACAAGGUUAGACCCAAGCAAUCUGGAGAAGAUUUAUAGAGAAGUUCAGAUAAUGAAGCUUUUGAAUCAUCCCCACAUUAUCAAGCUAUACCAGGUUAUGGAGACAAAGGAUAUGCUUUACAUUGUAACCGAGUUUGCAAAGAAUGGAGAAAUGUUUGAUCAUCUGACCUCCAACGGGCACUUGAGUGAAAGUGAAGCACGGAAGAAGUUCUGGCAGAUUCUUUCGGCGGUGGAAUAUUGUCACAGCCACCACAUCGUGCACAGAGAUCUCAAAACAGAGAACCUUCUGCUAGAUGCUAACAUGAAUAUCAAGUUAGCAGACUUCGGCUUUGGAAACUUCUACAAGUCAGGAGAACCCCUCUCCACUUGGUGUGGAAGCCCGCCCUAUGCAGCUCCAGAAGUGUUUGAAGGCAAGGAAUAUGAAGGCCCUCACCUUGAUAUAUGGAGCCUUGGGGUGGUGCUGUACGUCCUUGUCUGUGGUUCUCUGCCUUUUGAUGGACCCAACUUACCAACUCUGAGGCAAAGAGUGCUGGAGGGGCGGUUCCGCAUCCCGUACUUCAUGUCCGAAGACUGUGAAACGCUAAUCCGACGGAUGUUGGUCGUGGACCCAACAAAACGAAUAACUAUUUCCCAAAUAAAGCAGCACAAGUGGAUGCAAGCUGACCCGUCUCUUCAGCAGCAGCAGUCUCUGUCCUUCUCCAUGCAAAACUACAACUCCAACCUGGGUGACUACAAUGAACAGGUCCUCGGGAUCAUGCAGACACUUGGCAUCGACAGGCAGAGAACUGUGGAGUCUCUACAAAACAGCAGCUACAACCACUUUGCUGCAAUUUAUUACCUGCUCUUGGAGCGCCUCAAGGAGUAUCGAAGCAGCCAGCUGUCGAGUCGUUCAGCGAGUGGCCGUCAGCAAAGGCCGAGGAGCUCCGAGAUCAGCAAUGGCGAGAUGCCUCAGGACAGUCUCACUAGUGAAACCCUGCGAUCAUCUCUGCUUUACCAGCAACCUCAGAGCCUGAUUCAGCCAUCCUUGCAGGCAGAAAUGGACUGUGACAUGAACAAUCCAUUACAGCCUGUGUUCUUUCCUGUGGAUCCCAACUUCAAUGGGCUUUUUCGGAACCGCUCCAUCUCCCCCAACAGCCUGCUGGAGACCACCAUUAGUGAGGAAGUAAGGCAAGAGAAGGAGCUGGAAGACGAAAUUAAGGCGUAUGACCACCCCAUCCGCAUCCCCAGCAACACCAGCCGGAGGCACACGCUGGCUGAAGUCACCACUCAUUUCUAUCAGCAUGCCCCUCCAUGUAUAGUCAUUUCCUCCUCAGCGAGCCCCACGGAGGGAACGAGUUCAGACAGCUGCCUUACUUCAUCUUCAAAUGACAGCUCCGUGGCCCUGAGCAGCUGCUUGGCAGGUCAAGUAAUGACGGGGAGCCCGGCCGCAGCCAGGAUGACAUCAGCCUUCCUUGCUUCCCAGUCUGACGCCCCGGUGUUACAGGCCCAGGGCUGCAUGGGAGGUGCUUCCCUCCUGCCCGUCAGCUUCCAAGAAGGAAGGCGAGCAUCUGAUACCUCAUUAACUCAAGGCUUGAAGGCUUUUAGGCAGCAGCUGCGGAAGAACGCUCGAGCCAAAGGGUUUCUCGGCUUGAAUAAAAUCAAAGGCUUUGCUCGGCAGGUGUGUCAGUCCUCCUCAUCUCGGGCAGCAAGGAGUGCCAUGAGCCCUUUCCAACACACGCAGCCGAGCACCUGCCUGUACAGCAGCAGCGGGAGCAGCAGAGAGGGAAGAAGCCUCCUGGAAGAGGUGCUACAGCAGCAGAGAAUGCUCCAGCUUCAGCAUCACCAGCUACUCCAGCCAGCUUGUCCCCAGACGCCUCAGACGCCUGCGACCAGCGGCCUCCCCUCCUCGGAUAGCGCAGGUACCUGCAAAACAUCCAAUUCUCUUCUCUUGUCCGAGCUACAAAGAGAGAACUCCUUUGAGCUGGCCUUCGGUGGCAACAGCCAGCUGCUCCAACCUCACUUCUUUGGUGUCAGCGUGUCGCCGGUGUCCUCAGCAGCUCACCUCCUAGACACUCACCUCUACAUCAGCAGCAGCGCCUCUCCCGCUGGCGCCACCUUCUCCCAGCAGCAGAGUUUCUCCGCGCAGUCUCCGAGCUACGAGGCCGUCACUUUGCAGCACGGGGACUGUGAGAUGGAGGACCUGACUUCCAACCAGCUAGGGAAGUUCGUCCUGGUCAAGUGAGAGCUCCGGCUGCUGCAGCUGGCGCUGCUGUGGUGGUUUUUUUUCUUGCAAAGAACUUGCACCGCUGCUCCGUGGCACGUGUAGGGCCGUGGCUGGCUGAUGUCGUGCGGACGAGUGACUCAGAAGCAAUAAAUUUUGAAGUAUGUGAAGAGGCUGGCUGGCUCAGAAAGCUAGCAACUUUCUAGAACUGAACCAAGCAAUAUGUAUGUCUUUUUGCUUCUACUAUUCUUGCACUGAACAAAUACGAAUAGAAAUUGAAUUUUUUUUUUUUUUUAAAGGAAAAAUAAUGAUGGGGAAGAUGGGUGGGGCAUUUGUGGGGACAGGGAGGGAUGUGGUCGGGGAAGAACUCUUCGGUACUGUACUCAAGUCAGACCAAUACAGCUCCGCUGUUAUGCAAGAUUAGCAGCUGUCGGUAGUGGUGACACAGCAGGGAGAGGCUUUUCAGAGAAGGGACCAGAGCCUCCCUUUUUCACAAUAUUCACUUAUGGGUUUGUGAAGAUGAUUACCUCUUUUUAAAGAAAAUAAACAGAAAACCAGUGGCAUGCAGCAUUUAUGCAUUCGUAGAAGACAAAAAUGGAAGCAUUGCCAUUUGUUUUUUUUUCCCUCCUCCUGUUAACGCUUUUAAUUCUAAAGGAACCAACCUCCCCAUUCCGCACCUCCCAGAUAUGUAUACUUUAAAUGAAAACUGUGAACUUUCUGCUUGAUGUAUCAGCUGGAAAACCUUUAAAAACCAACCACAACAACAACCAAACAACCUUAUAAUUAGCACAGAAGCAAGUAAUCUCUUGACAAAUGUAUCCCUUGGUAUCAGGAUCCAAAUUAUGUACUGUCUGGUCUUCUGCAGGGAUGUCUUUUUGGGGUGCUGUGUGUAUACGUACGUAUACACACAUGCACACGCCUGUAUUUUGUUGGUCUAAAUGAUCACUAGGAAUCCUUUUAUAAACACUAAGUUUUUUUCAUAUUCCUGCAGAGGCACCGAGGAGGGAACCGCUAUCGCUGGCGGGGUGGCGGAAGGGUUUUCCUUCUAACAAGCCCUCCUAGAGAUUGCCUCCAAGUUGCCUGAGGGGUAUUCCUUAGCGCUGCACAUCGUUAUUUCCGCUGCUAAUUAUGUUUUUAUGCAUUUCAUUAUCAGGGUCCAAAUAGAACUGACUCUUGGGGAAAUGUGCAAUAUUGAGGUUAUAAUUCUAUACUGACAAAGACAAAAGGAAUAGGCGAGAACAGAAUUCUACUCUCACGGAGUACAGCUAUUUCUGAACAAAACUGUAUUAAAAGCGAGUAAAACAGCACAAUCUUUGGGUGUUCGUUUUGGGUUGGUUUGUUUUUGGCAUACUAGCAAAAUGAGGUUUUGGAUUAGGUAGGUGUUUUUUCGUAUGGUUUUUAAUGCUGUAUAUGUAUAUAAAUAGGAAGCAGAAAACUAUAUAACACUAGUUAUUUUUUAUAUUUUGUAAGAUGCUUAUAUUGUGUUUCUGGUAGAAACCCCACCCCUCCUCCCGAGGCGGAGUGUGACUUCUGUUGGCGUCAACAGGAGAUGUGCUUAGGUGUAAGGGGGAGAGCAGGCCGUGCCCCCACGGCAGGGCAGGGCAGGGCGUUCGAGCUUUGGGAGCAGGUGAGCAAACAGCUGGAAGUUAGCGCUGGUAGGUCGGGAAGCAGUCGUGUUUUGGUCAGAAUGCUCCGAGGACCCAUCUCCCGAGCGUGACACAGGGUGCCUUCAAGUUACCUUGGCUUCGUGCAACCUGCAGUAUUACGCAUUUGCAAAUAAUAUAGAUACCUUUUUUUUUUUUGUCUUGUUUUUGGUUUGUUUUUAAAAAAAAGAAAAAACAAAGAAAAAAGCCAAAGAUUGACUAGGUUACUUGGUGGGAGUAGGAAUGGCUAAAGAUGUCCUGUGGCUCUGUCUGUGGCUCUCCAUAAACGACCUCUUUAACUGUGUGUAGUACCUGUGUGUCUAUAUUGCUGCACCUCCAGCUUGCCACUGCUGCUACGUGGUCUGGAAGCUUCACAGGGAGGGAAAACUGCUUGAGCUCCAUUUCUGACUGCGUGGUGCCUUGCAGCAGAGGAAACACCAAAGUCUCACGCUAAAUUACAGCGGUUUAAAAACAAAAACAAAGCAAACAACAACAAAAUGUUAUCUGGAGGUGGCUGGAGAAAGGGGGGUGAGAAGAAGCCAGCUCGUCACAAAGCAGCAACUUGCCUUCAGUUUUGUAAGGGGUAGCACACACACUUAAAACGCAGAAUUUCCCCGUCAAUAUUUGUUCUGUUUAAAUGCCAUGGAUCCAAAGGCCACAGAUUCUUUUGUUUCCUGUCCUAAGCAAUGACAAGCACUUUACUUUCAUAGUGUUUUUUUUUUUUUUUUUCUUUUCCAAUUGCUGUAGAGCCUCUUUGGAAUUCUUGCUGGAGCAAAAAGAGGUCAUUUUAAAAAGUUUUUUUGGUUUUUUUUUUUUGUAGAUAUCUUGACAGUGCUGUUCUGCAGACUGCAAUGCAAUAGGGUAUUUAAAGACACUACGUGAUUGGUUUAAUUAAGAUGUAUAGUUUAUUUUUUAUCAUGACUGAACAAUCAUUUUAUUUCUUAUGUUAAAAUGAGAGAUGUACACCAAAAUGAUUAGUCGAUGUGUUUUAUUUAAUAUUUAAAUAAAAAAUGUUUUAAAACCGUU